AUGGGAGAGGGAGGCGGGGAAGGGGAGCGGGGAGACCCGCGGGGGGAGGUGGCAAGGGGAGGCCGCGGUGCCCCGCUCCCCAGACCACGCGUAGAGGGCGAGGACGAGGGAUGCGGGUCCGCCAGCGCCUGCACGACCCCGACCCCCGCAGGCCCCUCCCCGCCGCAGUAUCCCUGCGCAAAGUCCCCGCGCGCGGGCGGGAGGAGGCGCGCGCCGGCCCCUCCUUCCCGCGCGCGCCCACGUGACGCCGGCCGAGGCGAUUGGAGCGGCGGCGGCGCGCGGCGGCAGACGGGUGCAGCACCCGGCGCUCAAGGCAGCAUCUCCUCCUCCUCCUCCUUUUCCUCCUCCUCCUCCUCCUCCACCUCCUCCUCCUUCUCCUCCCGGGAGCUUUGACGGUACCUCCUCCUCCGCCCGGCUCGUCGCCGCCGCCGCCGCCGCGGCGCCCAGACGAAGGGGAGAAGACGCAGCUGGGCCGCCGCCGUUAGAGGGGUCCCCGGCUGCCGCUCGCUCGGUCCGCCGUCGCCUCGGAGGUCGGUCCUCCCGCGGGGUCUCCGCUUCCUCCUCCCAACGCCGGCGCCCGCUCACCGCCGCGAUGGGGCUCCUGGACUCGGAGCCUGGCAGCGUCCUGAACGUGGUGUCCACGGCGCUCAACGACACCGUGGAGUUCUACCGCUGGACCUUGUCCAUCACAGAUAAACGUGUGGAAAAUUGGCCUCUGAUGCAGUCCCCAUUGCCUACGCUUUGUAUAAGUACCCUUUACCUCCUGUUCGUGUGGCUGGGUCCAAAAUGGAUGAAGGACCGAGAACCUUUCCAGAUGCGUUUAGCGCUCAUUAUCUAUAAUUUCGGGAUGGUUUUGCUUAACCUUUUUAUCUUCAGAGAGUUACUCAUGGGAUCAUAUAAUGCAGGAUACAGCUAUAUUUGCCAGAGUGUGGAUUAUUCGGAUAACGUUCACGAAGUCAGGAUAGCUGCCGCUCUGUGGUGGUACUUUAUUUCUAAAGGCAUUGAGUAUUUGGACACAGUGUUUUUUAUCCUGAGGAAGAAGAACAACCAAGUCUCCUUCCUUCACGUAUAUCAUCACUGUACAAUGUUUACAUUGUGGUGGAUUGGAAUUAAGUGGGUCGCAGGGGGACAGGCAUUUUUCGGAGCCCAGCUGAAUUCCUUCAUCCAUGUGAUUAUGUACUCAUACUACGGGUUAACUGCCUUUGGCCCAUGGAUUCAGAAGUAUCUUUGGUGGAAACAAUACCUGACCAUGCUGCAGCUGGUUCAGUUCCACGUGACCAUUGGGCACACAGCGCUGUCCCUUUACACCGAUUGCCCCUUCCCCAAAUGGAUGCACUGGGCUCUCAUUGCCUAUGCAGUCAGCUUCAUAUGUCUCUUCCUUAACUUCUACGUUCGGACGUACCAAGAGCCUAAGAAAGCAAAAACUGGAAAAACAGCUGCGAACGGUAUUUCAGCAAACGGUGUGAACAAAUCAGAAAACCACCUAGUGGUAGAAAAUGUAAAAAAGCAGAAAAAUGGAAAAGCAAAAGGAGAGUAAAGUGAACUGGGCCUCACCUGGUGUCGACAGCGAGGAAGCUCUCUCUUCAUAAAAGAUUUCAGGGAAACCAGAAGUAAAUGAGGGUUUGGGGAUGGGGAGAAAAAGACAAACGCGCUCUAUGUAUUAGUAACCUUUAGAUUGAGUAAAGUGUUAAAUACAACACCCGGAUGUUUUAUUUAUGAAGUUUUUAUCUUAAACACUUUUUUUUUAUUAGCCUUGAUGUUGUCAGACCAAAGCAAUCAUCACGUGACUUUGGAGGCCCCUCCCCCCUGUUCAUAUUCGUGUGUACAUUGUAUGAGAGUUUUCAUGUCUCUUCAUUCUUCAGACUGAUAAUCACAAAAACAUGGUCUUUAUGCAUUUUUUUUUUUUUUGGCUAAAUUGCUACUUACCUACUGAUGAAAAUCAGUUACCUUCCAUCUUCUGGUCCCAAACUGGAAAUGCAGAUACUUUAAAACGUGCACAUUUGAAUUCAUUUUGCUGACUGGAGUGGUCAAAUCUCUCCGCCUCUAGUCUGAAGAUACCCUUGUGGUUGGAAUUAAAUUUUUAAAAUCUGAUGAUCUCUGUAGACUCUUAGAGGCUUGAUGUUGAUGGUGUUGGUGAAAAUAAGAAUUACAGUAAACUCCUGCCCGGCGAGUCAAAGGUCACCGUGACCUGCAGCACAAAUCACUGUGGGAAACAAUUUUUGUGAUGAAAAGGCAGCCUUUCAAUACUCCUGUUACUACCAGAUAUAUAUUAUAAAAAUUAAGAUUAUUGUCUGGAACAUGAAACAACUCAUGUCUCUAUUAGUAACAUCAUAAAGUACUUAUAUUUAUGUGCUGUUAGAAGAGGGUAUGUUGAUUUUUAUCAGGCUUUCCUUGUUUUGAUUUGUGGCUGUUACUGAUUUUUCAUAUGUGGAAAUAUACCUACCUCUUCUGUUGGAAAGAACAUUUAAAAUUAAAUAAAUUUUAAUUAAAAAAUCAAGGAGUCCUCUAAUGUAGAUUUUAAUAUUAACUUUCAAAUUCACUAACACUGUUUUGUGGUUUUUUUUUUACAAGUAGUGUCCAGCAAGCUUUUCUGUGAAACUGUCCUUCUCUUUUAACCUGUUUAAUUUUGGAGUGAUAUUUUUCUUGUGACAAAGUUGCAAGAUCUUAUUUGUAACUAGAUAUGAAGUGUAAACCCAUUUUGGUGCAAUAGUCUUGACUCCUUGGUGCUAAAGAUGAUUAAAUUCAGUGCUUGAUUGUUACAAAGUGUUAAUUGCUAAGACAUAAAAUGAACACAAAAGGGAGAGUAGCCAGAAUCAGAAAAUUAAAUUUGCUAUUUACAAAUGAAGUGUUUCAUGUAAUAUAAAAAAACAACUGGAAAUUCACUAGGAAAGAACUUGCACUGUGUCUCAUUACAUAGGUUAAAUUGCUGGUGGGUAUUGCACAGGGAUCAUUAGAGAAAAUGUGACCAAAAAAAAAAAAAAAAAAAAGGCAUGAAUAUUUUUAA